CUUUCUUUGUUACCAUGUUCGCUUUACGCAAGGCGGGUUCGGUCGCUCGGGUCGCGUCUGCCGGUCAGAAGCGGUUCCUCUCGAUCCAUGAGUACCAAUCCGUGAAGCUCUUGAACUCAUAUGGUGUACCAACACCGAAGGGAAUACCAGCUAAAUCACCUGAGGAGGCGUACGAGAUUGCGAAGCAGUUCGAGUCAACUGGUUGUGUCAUUAAGGCCCAGGUUCUUGCUGGUGGGCGAGGGAAGGGCAAGUUUGACAAUGGGUUCCAAGGAGGUGUUCAUCUUGUUCAAAGCGCGGAUCAGGCGAAGGAGUAUGCGAGCAAGAUGCUCGGCGCGAAGCUGAUCACCAAGCAGACUGGUGCUGGUGGUCGCGUCUGCAACACGGUUAUGCUUGCGGAGCGCAAAGACGCUGCACAUGAAUAUUACGUCGCCGUUCUCAACGACCGUAAUUCGGAGGGUCCCGUGUUGGUCGUCUCGUCCCAAGGAGGCAUGAACAUCGAGGAAGUUGCUGCAAAGGACCCCAGCGCAAUCAUUACAACCUCAAUCAAUUUCAAGAACGGGCUCAGCAAGGAGGAAGCGCUAGGUGUUGCGAAGAAGCUUGGCUUCAAGAGCGCAGGCGCGGAGGAAGAAGCUGCCAGUAUCUUCAUCAACCUGUACAAGAUCUUCAAGGAUAAGGAUGCUACCCAGAUCGAGAUCAACCCGCUCGGCGAGACAGCCGAUGGUCAUGUCCUCUGUAUGGAUGCCAAGUUUGGCUUUGAUGACAACGCCGAGUUCCGCCAGCAGGAUGUCUUCGCAAUGCGGGACGUCACCCAAGAGGAGCCUUCUGAGGUCGAGGCCCAGAAGGCUAACCUCAACUUCAUCAAGCUCGACGGCAACAUCGGUUGCUUGGUGAACGGUGCUGGUCUGGCUAUGGCGACAAUGGAUGUCUUGGCUCUGCACGGCGGCAACCCAGCAAACUUCUUGGAUGUCGGCGGUGGUGCCACACCUGAGACUGUCAAGAAGGCAUUCGAGAUCCUUUUGGGCGACCCGAAGGUCAAGAGCAUCUUCAUCAACAUCUUCGGUGGUAUCAUGCGGUGUGACUACAUCGCCGAAGGUGUCAUCCGGGCGACCAAGGAGCUUGGCCUCAGCAUCCCAUUAGUUGUGCGCUUGAAGGGUACCAUGGAGUCAGAGGCGAAGCAGAUGAUCCGUGAGUCGGGAUUGAAGAUCAUACCGUUCGACGAGCUUGAUGAUGCGGCGGAGAGUGCUGUACAACUGGCGCACGCUUAAAGCGCUUGUACGAUUUUACCUUCUGUGAUUUAUUAUAGGUAGACUAUAUUCAUGACGCCACGCUUUCGAAUGAUGAGACCGCGGCGGUGAAAUAU